AUGAGCCCGCUCACUCUGGCAGCCUGGAAUGUUCGUUCCCUUUUAGACAAUCCGAGGAGUUACCGACCGGAGCGGAGGACGGCGCCAGUGGCACGAGAACUGGUGCGCUACAAGGUGGACAUCGCCACACUCAGCGAGACCCGAUUCUCCGAACAAGGCCAACUGGAGGAGAUGGGUACCGGCUACACCUUCUUCUGGAGUGGGCGGCCCAGGGCAGAGCGACGAGACGCGGGUGUCGCCUUCGCCAUUCGGAACGACAUCGUUGGACGACUACCCUGUUUGCCGCAGGGCAUCAACGAUCGUCUGAUGAGCCUCCGCCUGCCUCUCUGGGGAGGCAAAUUCGUCACCAUCAUCAGCGCCUAUGUUCCGACGAUGACCAACCCCGACGCCAUCAGAGACAAAUUCUACGAGGACUUGCACGCCCUCUUGGCGGACAAGUUGAUUGUCCUUGGUGACAUCAACGCCCGCGUAGACACACACCAUGCUGCCUAGAGAGGAGUGCUGGGUCCCCAUGGUCUCCGCGGCUCAAACGACAAUGGUCUGCUGCUGCUCCGCACCUGCGCAGAACACCGCCUUAUCCUGACAAACACGUUCUUCUGUCUGCCGGAGCGAGAGAAGGCCACUUGGAGGCAUCCUCGGUCGCGUCAGCGGCACCUGCUGGACUAUGUCCUCGUCCGGAGGCGAGAUCAGCGGGACGUGCUGGUGACGAAGGCGAUCGCGGGUGCUGACGGGUGGACCGACCACCGCCUUGUCAUCUCGAAGAUGCGUAUUCGCCUACAGCCUCGCAGGAGACCACAAGGUAAGCGACCCCCAGGUAAGCUGAAUGUUGCUUUGUUGUCUUUGCACGCUCACCGUCUUCAUUUCAGCAAUGAGCUAGCUCAAAGGCUCGACAACCUUCCUAUCGCUGCUGACGCCGCCGCUGCCGAGAACGCCUCCGUGGAGAACCACUGGUGUCAACUGCGAGACACGAUCCAGUCGACGGCGCUCACCGUCCUCGGUCGCGCUCCCCGCCAACACCAGGAAUGGUUCGACGACAACGACGCCGCCAUCAGAAAUCUGCUUGCUGAGAAGAACCGCCUACACAAAGCCUACGUAGACCACCCCAAUGACGACAACAGAGCUGCCUUCUACCGCAGUCGCCGCCAACUUCAGCAACGACUGCGCGAGAUGCAGGACGCCUAGACUGCUCGCAAAGCUGAGGAGAUCCAAGGCUACGCGGGCCGCAACGAGUGGAAGAACUUCUCCGCGAUCAAAGCUGUCUACGGUCCGCCGACAAAGGGCACUGCUCCUCUCCUCAGCGCCGACGGUAGCACUCUCCUGAAUGAGAGGACACAAAUUUUACACAGAUGGGUCGAGCAUUUCCGAGGCGUCCUCAACCUCUCCUCCGCCAUCUCCGACGUCGCCAUCGCCCGCUUGCCGCAAGUGGAGACCAACGUGGACCUCGACCUCCCGCCAUCUCUCCAGGAAACCAUCAGGGCCGUGCAGCAGCUCCCCAGCGGGAAAGCACCCGGAUCGGACGAAAUCCCUGCUGAGGUCUACAAGCACGGAGGUCCCCAACUAAUGGAUCACCUGACUGCGCUCUUCCAGGAGAUGUGGCGUCAAGGGCAAGAUUUCAAAGACCCAACCAUCGUGCAUCUCUACAAGCGAAAAGGAAACCGCCAAGUCUGCGACAAGCACCGUGGCAUCUCCUUGAUGAACAUCGCCAGGAAGAUCUUCGCUCGCAUCCUUCUCAACCGCCUCAGUAACCACCUGGAACAGGGCCUUCCGCCGGAAAGCCAGUGCGGCUUCCGUCGUCAUCGCGGGACCACGGAUAUGAUCUUCGCCGCCCGCCAACUUCAGGAGAAGUGUCAGGAGAUGCGGGCCCACCUGUACUCUACCUUCGUGGACCUGACGAAAGCCUUCGACACGUUGAAUCGUGAAGGACUGUGGAAGAUCAUUCAGAAAUUCGGCUGUCCGGAGCGAUUCACUCAGAUAGUGCGUCAGCUGCACGACGGUAUGAUGGCGCGAGUCACGGACAACGGAGCUGUCUCAGAGGCAUUCGCAGUGACCAAUGGAGUGAAGCAGGAAUGCGUGCUGGCACCAACCCUCUUCAGUCUUAUGUUCUCUGCCAUGCUGAUGGACGCCUACCGUGACGAACGUAUCGGGAUCCGCAUCGCCUACAGGACGGACGGUCACCUUCUGAAUCAACGGCGGAUGCGCUUCCAAUCACGCGUCUCCACAACCACCGUGCACGAACUCCUCUUCGCCGACGACUGCGCCCUGAACACCACCUCGGAAGAGGAGAUGCAACGCAGCAUGGACCUGUUCUCCGCCGCCUGCGAGAACUUCGGUCUGGUCAUUAACACGCAGAUGACGGUGGUCAUGCAUCAACCGCCACCCAACUCGGCCACAGCCCCCAACGUGCCGCCGCAAAUCAGCGUGAACGGAACCCAACUGCAAGUGGUGGAGAACUUCCCGUACCUGGGCAGCACCCUCUCCCCUAACGCCAAAAUCGAUGACGAAGUCGCUCGCAGGAUCUCGAAAGCCACUCAAGCCUUCGGCCGCCUCCAAAGCACAGUCUGGAAUCGUCACGGCCUCCAACUGAGCACGAAGCUGAAGAUGUACAAGGCCGUCAUCCUGCCAACGCUGCUGUACGGAGCGGAGACUAGGACAGUAUACACAAUGCAGGCACGCCGACUGAACCACUUUCAACUUAGCUGUCUCCGUCGCAUCCUGAAGCCGAACUAG